UGGGAAGAAUGCCCCUUACAUUGGGGGGUCAGUGGGAAGAAUGGCCCUUACAUUGGGGGGUCAGUGGGAAGAAUGUCCCUUACAAUGGUGGUCAGUGGGAAGAAUGCUUCUUACAUUGGUGGUCAGUGGGAAGAAUGUCCCUUACAUUGGUGGUCAGUGGGAAGAAUGCUUCUUACAUUGGAGGUCAGUUGGGAAGAAUGUACCUUACAUUGGUGAUCAGUGGGAAGAAUGUCCCUUACAUUGGUGUGUCAGUGGGAAGAAUGUCCCUUACAUUUUGGUGAUCAGUGGGAAGAAUGUACCUUACAUUGGUGAUCAGUGGGAAGAAUGCCCCUUACAUUGGUGGUCAGUGGGAAGAAUGUCCCUUACAUUUGGGGUCGGUGGGAAGAAUGUCCCUUACAUUGGUGGUCAGUGGGAAGAAUGUCCCUUACAUUGGGGGUCAGUGGGAAGAAUGUCCCUUACAUUGGUGAUCAGUGGGAAGAAUGUCCCUUACAUUGGGGGUCAGUGGGAA